AUGAAUCCACAGACGGAGCCUCUCGAUCUCUCAGUCAGGAAUAAAUCCAGUAAAAUCUUGAACGUCAUAGAUCUGAAGUUCCUCGCUGGUCUAAAUGAGCAUUUGGUGAAACUUUACGAGAGGACUAACCUCGUGGAUACGAGGAGCCCCGUCCAGACUCAAAGAGGAACGAAUAUGAAGACAGUGCUACCGUGUCAAGUGUGUCUGAAGACCUUCGACCGCCCAUCGCUACUGAAACGUCACAUGCGUACCCACACAGGUGAGAAGCCGCACAUUUGCAACGUGUGCAGCAAGGGGUUUAGCACGUCCAGCUCUCUGAACACGCAUCGAAGGAUACACACUGGAGAAAAGCCUCACAAGUGUCCCGAAUGCGGGAAGUGCUUUACAGCCAGCUCUAACCUUUACUACCACAGAAUGACGCACACAAAGAACAAACCCCAUAAAUGCUCGUGGUGUACGCGAUCAUUCCCCACUCCAGGGGAGCUCCGCGCACACGUCGCUUCCCACACCGGACCAGUCGCCCAACUAGUCACUGGACCGGUAGCUCAAUCAGUUGCCGAACUAGUCACUCGACCAGUAGCCCGAUCAGUUGCCCAACCAGUCGCACGACCGCUCGCAGAACACAUCGGCAAGCACGGCAAGCUGUGGUCGUACGCAAUAUCUCCUCCACAAGCUAGAUUUAAACGACCUUGCGAUGGAAUUAAUGAAUAAAAAUAUUCAUAAUGC